AUGAUCGUCAUCAAAAUUCGUUUGGUUGGAGGAAAAGAAGAUCAUUUAUCGGUUAUCGAAGUGGAUAAUCAGAUUUUAUAUGUUAACCUGAAGAAGGAAAUUCAAAGUGUGACACAUAUUCCAACCAAGUUUCAACAACUCCAAUUCCGUGGUGAAGAUCUUCCCGUUGUUGCGCGUCCUAUUCAAGACAUCAAUUUCGGCGAAGAAAUCGUUGUGAGACACUCCAUGACAGCGAAUUGGAGAGAAUUUGAGGAAAAUUUCAAGUUGGCUCAAAAAGCUGUAGAAUCGAAACAAAUAAGCCAAAUUGAAGAAGCCGUUGAUCAAGCCUUGGAUCAUCUAAGGCCGCUGAUAGAGGCAAAGUUCCUUGUAACCUACCCUCAAUUGAAUGAAACUUAUCGUCAAUUCAAAGCGAAUUUCUCUAGUUAUAUGGAUCAGGAAUUCAAAUACAUUGAAAAAGCCGUAAAGGAUUAUUUCUCAAUAGUUUUUGCUGACAACGCUGAAUGCCCAGCUCUCGACAUAAGAUGUGAAAAGAAGGGACCCGAGGAAGGUGGAAUCCAGGGUGGCCUCAUUUGUCAAGUUUUGCGGAAUGAAACUUUAAUUGGGAAGUACUACGUAAAAGAACACAUGAGCCUAGCAAAUCGGCAGCACGCAGAUAUUUGUGAAAUAUUUGUUUAUAAGUUAUUUGAGUUGAUCGGAGUAGGACCUAAAGUUCAUUUUAUUCCAAACAUACACUAUUCCAGUUUUGGACUUUACAUCGGAACCGAAGAAGUUACUGGAUUUCGUCGAGCAGACACUGAAGGAAUUGAGAUAAGUAGCGAGGUGUACGCUCAAAGAGAUUUGCUACGUCGUCUAUUGUUUGUUAAAGAUCUCCACUCAAAAAAUUAUGGAAUUGAUGGUCACGGGAAACUUAGUAUCGUUGAUUUUCAAAGUUAUGUCCAUCCUGAAAUGGUACACAAGUAUUUGGUUGGGUACAAAAGCUGGAAGGGUAGCAAAGAAUUACGGAUUCAAGUGGCGAAGAAUUAUAUUAAAUCGUGGAAUCUUCUGGAUAAUUUCGACAACGCUAAUAAAGCAAUCUCAAUGCAAAAAGAGCUAUUCAAAAAAUAUUCCAAUAGCUAUAAGCCAAGUCGAAACUUUGAGAAAUAUUUUGUGCAUAUUAAGAACAAUCUUAAUGCUCUGUUAGAACGUGUAAAAUAA